GAAUUUGAAUUUGAAUUUGAAUUUGAAUUUAAAGAAUUAAAGAAAGAUGGUGUUUGCGGGAGAAGGCGGCGGCGGCAGCAGCAGCGGCGGUAGGAGGAUGGCGUUUUGGUGGGGGUUCGCGGUGGGGGUGGUGCGGGGGCGGUGGUUCAUGGUGUUCGCGUCGCUGCUGAUCAUGGCGGCGUCGGGGGCGACGUACAUAUUCGGGAUAUACUCCAAGGACCUGAAGGCGGCGCUCGGCUACGACCAGCAGACGCUGAACACGCUGAGCUUCUUCAAGGACGUGGGGGCCAACGUCGGCGUGCUGUCCGGCCUCAUCAACGAGGUCACGCCGCCGUGGGUCGUGCUCGCCAUCGGCGCCGGCAUGAACCUCUUCGGCUACCUCAUGAUCUACCUCGCCAUCACCGGCCGCACCGCCCCGCCCAGCGUCGCCCUCAUGUGCUUCUACAUCUUCAUCGGCGCCAACUCGCAGGCGUUCGCUAACACGGGGGCGCUGGUGACGUGCGUGAAGAACUUCCCGGAGAGCCGCGGCGUGGUGCUCGGCCUCCUGAAGGGCUUCGUCGGGCUCAGCGGCGCCAUCUUCACGCAGCUGUACUACGCCAUCUACGGUGGCGAGGACUCCAAGUCCCUCGUCCUCCUCAUCGCCUGGCUCCCGGCCGUCAUCUCCAUCCUCUUCGUCCACACCAUCCGCAUCAUCCCCUACCCGCGCGGCCGCCAUGCCGCCGAGACCACCUCCCCCUUCUACUGCUUCCUCUACAUCUCCAUCGCCCUCGCCACCUACCUCAUGGUCGUCAUCGUCGUCGAGAACCAGGUCGCGUUCUCGCACGCCGAGUACAGCGUCGGCGCCGCCGUCCUCGUCGUCCUCCUCUUCCUCCCCCUCGCCGUCGUCGUAAAGCAGGAGGUCAGGAGCUCCAAGCAAGAAGACGGCGUCGAUCGUUCAUCCUCCUCUAAUCCUCCGAACGGUCCCCCGCUGACCAGCAUCGCGAUCGUCGAGAAGACGUCUGCGGAGGAGGAGGAGGAGCCACGAAAGCGGUCGUGCGUCACGAACAUGUUCAGCCCUCCGGCGAGGGGCGACGACUACUCGAUCCUGCAGGCACUGGUGAGCGUGGACAUGAUCGUGCUGUUCGUGGCGACGAUAUGCGGGGUGGGCGGCACGCUGACGGCGAUCGACAACAUGGGCCAGAUCGGGCAGUCGCUCGGCUACCCGACGAGGAGCAUCAACACCUUCGUCUCGCUGGUGAGCAUCUGGAACUACGCGGGCCGCGUCGCCGCCGGGUUCGCGUCCGAGUUCCUCCUCGCCAAGUACAAGUUCCCGCGCCCGCUCGUGCUCACCUUCGUGCUCCUGCUCGCCUGCGUCGGCCACCUCCUCAUCGCCUUCGGCGUGCCGCAGUCGCUCUACGCCGCCUCCAUCAUCAUCGGCUUCUGCUUCGGCGCGCAGUGGCCGCUGCUCUUCGCCAUCAUCUCGGAGGUGUUCGGCCUCAAAUACUACUCGACGCUCUACAACUUCGGCUCCGUCGCGAGCCCGAUCGGGUCGUACAUACUCAACGUGAGGAUCACCGGGCACUUGUACGACCGCGAGGCCGCGAAGGAGAGCGACGGGCUCGCCGGAGUGGUCGGCAAGGACACGACGUGCAUGGGAGUGCACUGCUUCAAGCUCUCGUUCAUUAUAAUAAGCGCCGUGACCGUGGUGGGGGCCUUGGUCUCGUUGAUACUGGUGUGGAGGACAAGGAAGUUUUAUAAGAGGGAUAUAUAUGCUAAAUUCAGAGACUCUCCUCCUACUGUGGAUAUUGUGGAGAAUAAUAGUAAUAGCAAUGGGGUGGUGGGGGAGAGUGUUAAUGGAGUGGAGGAGAAGUGUGUUGCAGAGAAUAAUGGAGUGAAUGGGGUGAGGUUAAUAAGAGAAUAGGUUUGUUUGUUUUUAAUUUCAAAAAAGAAGAGAUUUGUAAUUGUAUAAGCUAGCCAAAAAACUCAUAUUUAUUUAGUGUGUGAAAGAUGAUAUAUAAAAGAAUAUUUCGAGCUUCUUUUUCAUUAAA